UAGACAAUUCAUAUCCUCCAUACCCAUCCUUCUUUCUUUGCACUCUUCUCUAGAUAUUUAGAAAUGAGGACAGCAGCAUGCACGACAGUUAUUGCAGUAGUAAUUCUGGUGUUGAGCUUGACCGGAUCCCAGAUGGCAACGGCGGCCACAUGCUCAGUGACGGAGCUGUCUCCAUGUUUGCCGGCGUUCACAUCAUCAGCUACACCAACUGCACAGUGCUGCGCGAAGCUGAAAGAGCAGAAACCAUGUCUGUGUGGGUACAUCAGGAACCCAAGCUUGAGAUCCUAUGUUACGUCUCCUAAUGCCAGGAAAGUUGCCAGCACUUGUGGGGUUCCCAUUCCCCAGUGCUAAGAUAUCAUGAAAAUAACAGACCUCCCAGUUGCUAAUUAGUACAAUAGUAUUCCCAAUUAAGUUUGUAUUGCUCUGUGUCUCAAGAUGCUUGAGCUGCGAAGAGAGCAAGCUGCGUGUGUGUCCAAUAGUUUAGGGAUGGUCUUCUAUUCAGUUGUCACUGGUUCUAUACUUAUUAUAAUAAAAUGUGGCAUUUGCAAUGAA